AUGUUUACACUUGUUCUUACCGCUGAGCUCAAUGGAGUGACAAACCUACGGCCCCAGGAUACUGAGGAAAACCCGUUCUGGUUCAUGUUCAAGGUGCAAUGCACCUCCUGUCGCGAGACUCAUGCCAACACGGUUGGCGUUAACCGCUUUGAGGCAAACGAACUGAGCGGGAGCAGGGGCGAGGCUAACUUCGUUUGGAAGUGCAAGAACUGCAAGCGAGAGUCGUCUGCCUCCAUUAAGGCUGCGGCCACACCAUAUGAGCUGGCAGAGCCACCUAAGAAGCAAAAGAUCAUCGAGUUUGACUGCCGUGGCCUUGAAUUCACAGAAUUCCACCCCGAGGGGGAGUGGCUAGCGGAAGGCAUUGAUUCCAACACAAAAUUCACAGCCAUCGAACUAGUGGAUGGCGAGUGGUUUGACUACGACGAGAAAGCGGGGGAUGAAGUGAGCAUCAAGGACCUCACCUGGGAGAUUCGUCGAGCCUAG